GUCAGUUUUGUCAUCCAGCUUGUCAUGAAUUAGGACGUUAGGAAUAUCAACCAAUCAGAGCACAGAAACGUGUUUAUUAUCGAUAAUCACGUAUCAAAGGUUCGUUUCGAGUACCAGUCCGGGUAGUAUCAUCAAAUCGUUCAUAGUUUUAUAUCAAAUCGCACCUAAUCUUCGUAAGUAAAACAAGGCCACCACAAAGCAAUGAAGACUGAAACGUGCUACCUCCUGUUUGCGGGGAUAAUAUUAGUGACGGUGGCGGACUUGGUAUCGGGUCAACAUCCAGCGGCACGACCAAUCAACAGCAAAGAGGUAAAAUGCCUAGUCUGCAAGGCCACAAUGAACGAAAUGGAGCUGGCGGUAUCAAAAGUAGACCCAAAGAAAAAGAUUGAUGUUGGAGAUUACCGACUGGAUGCGACAGGUGAUUCUAAAAAGAAGAAAACUAUCCUGUACGCGAAAUCCGAGAUGUACUUGACUGAGUUGAUGGAAACGGUGUGUGACCGUAUGGACGACUACGCUAAAGCUCGUUAUAAGAAGAACGGCCGGCCGGUUGUACUUAAAAUGAUGACCGAGUUCGGUAUGAAUCCGGAGAUGUCUGACGUGGACUUUGUUCAGGAAGGCGAUCUAAAUAAGAGCCUGAAACACCUUUGCCUAGAGAUUGUGGAAGACCACGAGGAGAGUAUCUUGAAAAUGUUCCAGCAGGAGGAUGAGAUAAAAGACACGGAUGUGAGACUGUGUUCGGAAGUCGCCAAUAUUUGCCAUGAGCAACCCAUCGAGGAUGACUACGAAUAUGAAGGAGAUGAUAGCCGGGAUGAGCUGUGAACAGCAACAAUGCCAGGGAAAUCGAACCAUACCGCUUUUUGGUAGACGUACUGAACAUCAAUUUAAUUAGUAAAUAGAAUGAAGAGCAUUUACUGUUGCUUUGUUGGAAAAAGCUAGCUUGUGAUAGGAUGAACAAAAUAAAUGUUUUUUUUUCU